GCUGUGUGGCGUGUGUCAGUACUGCAGCGCGCCAAAAUCACUAGUGGCUAAGUUUCGUUUCUCCUCAUGUUUUUUUUUGUCUCUUUUUGAUUGUUAUUCAAACUUUUAACCAACUUAUGAACACAUUAUUUGUGUUUAGACAUAUUACUUCGAUAAUACCGCGUUUGUAAGUCUGUCACGGGACUUUUUCCGCGAUAUUUCUUUCGUCCUCAUCAUGGCGUUUCAGUUUCUGCGAACGUUAAAACCGGUUUUGAGGUCAUUUUAUCAAAGUAAAACGACCAAACAAGCCACAUUCCUUCAACUAAAGCUAAUAAGACCGUUCAGCUGCUCAGAGAAGAGAAAUGGAGACACGGAAGCAGUGGCGGGACAGAGCGUGGUCUCGGAGCGGAGGGGGGCUGUGGUCACCGUGGCGAUAAACCGUCCUGAGGUGCGAAAUGCGGUGAACCAGGAGACAGCGCGGCGUCUGCUACAGGAGCUGGAGGCCUUUGACCGGGACCCGGGGCUAAACGUGGCCGUCCUCCAUGGGAAAGGAGGGAAUUUCUGCGCUGGUUAUGAUUUGAAAGAACUGGCCAAUCACACAGACUCCCUCAAAUUGGAGCAAGAUGUCACCAAGGGUCCCGGGCCGCUGGGGCCGUCCCGUUUGCAGCUGUCCAAGCCUCUCAUUGCAGCGGUCAGUGGUUUUGCUGUGGCUGGAGGUCUGGAGCUGGCUCUGUUGGCCGAUCUGAGGGUGGUGGAGGAGAGUGCGGUGAUGGGAGUCUUCUGCCGGAGAUUUGGCGUCCCUCUGAUCGAUGGAGGCACAGUCCGUCUUCCUCGUCUCAUUGGUUUGUCUCGGGCCCUAGACCUGAUCCUGACCGGACGUCCCGUUGGAGCGCACGAAGCUCUCGCCUAUGGACUGGCAAACAGAGUGGUCCCAGAUGGACAAGCCCUGGAGGUGGCGCUGCAGUUGGCUGAACAGAUCAGCUCCUUCCCUCAGCAGUGUCUGAGAGCCGACCGAGCCUCCGCCGUCUACAGCUGCUACGACGCACCGACCUUCACCCAGGCGAUGCAGUUUGAGGUGGACCGCGGCCUCCCCGUCGUCCCGUUGGAGAGCGUAGCCGGAGCGUCCCGGUUCAGUUCUGGAGCCGGACGAGGAGGAACCUUCUCUUAGGGCUCAGAUUCCAGGACAGAUUGUUUUUCAUUUAUGAUAAUGAUAUUCUAAUGGACUGUCUCCACAAAGCGGCCUUGUGCGCUUUGCUAAAAAACAUGUAAUUAUGACAUAGUUUUGUUACGAGAACAGUUUGGAUCUGGAGAUUACAUUACCAGCGAACGAGUCAAGGCUAAGUGCAUGCUAAUAUGUCAGUGAUCCAUUUUUGCAAUUCUUUUGGUGGUAGUAAUAAUGCGCAGAUGGAUAUUAAAGCUAACUCUUAAACCGAGCUCUGUCACAAACCAUUUAAAGCAGAAUUUCUUUCUCUGUGUUUAAUGAAAAGGCUCCUCUGCUGGUUCUGUUUCAUUUGCAAACGAAAGAAAAAAUGUUGCUUUUUCUGUUUAAUCUUGUAUAAAUGUUUUUAAAGUUUCUAUAUUACGC